CGGCACGUGCCCCGCGCCCGGCCCGGCUCGGGUUUCGCCGCUGAAACCGGAGCCCCCCCCGAGCCCCCCCCCCGAGCCCCCCGGGGCGCCCCGCUCCCCCCCCAGCGCCCCGGGGGGCCGCUGCGCUCCACCCGAUCUCCUGCGCUCCGCCGCGCGUCCCGGGGGCGGCGGCGGCCUCGUCCCUGCGAGGGACGGGCGCGGGUUCGGGGCGAUCUGGUUUCUCCCGCUUGGCCCCGUGGAGCGGGAGCGGGCGGAAUGUUCUUCCUCUUCCGCGCGCCGCAGCGGCGCGGCACCGGCAGCCCCGCGCCCGCCCCGUGCCGGGGCAGCCCCCGGCGGCUCGGCCCCGGGCGGAGGGGCUCCCGCGGCUCCCGCCCGGCCCCUCGGCUCCGGGGUCCCGGCGCCGCGGGCAGCCGGGGGAGGUUGAGCCGUGGCGGUGCCUCCCCCCCGGAGCUCCAGCGGGCUGCCGAGGGGCCGGGGCCCCGGCCGUGCCCCGCUUUUGGGCAGGAUGGGAAGCCACGCUCGGGCACUGCAGGCUCCGGCGCAGGGGACCCCGAGGACGUGCUGGACGCGGCGCAGACCCCCCCGAUGCAGGGGUACUCGGUGCUGCAGGGGCUGGUGGGGCCGGCCUGCAUCUUCCUGCGGCAGAGCAUCGCCAUCACCCAGCGGGACCGGGAGCUGCGGCCCGAGGAGAUCGAAGAGCUGAAGCAGGCGUUCCGGGAGUUCGACAAGGACCACGACGGCUACAUCAGCUACAAGGACCUGGGCGAGUGCAUGCGGACCAUGGGCUACAUGCCCACCGAGAUGGAGCUGAUCGAGCUGUCCCAGCAGAUCACCGGGGGCAAGGUGGAUUUCGAUGAUUUCGUGGAGCUGAUGGGCCCCAAGAUGCUGGCGGAGACCGCGGAUAUGAUUGGGAUCAAGGAGCUGCGCGACGCCUUCCGCGAGUUCGACACCAACGGGGACGGACAGAUCAGCAUGGCGGAGCUGCGGGAGGCCAUGCGCAAGCUCCUGGGGCAGCAGCUCAACUACCGGGAGGUGGAUGAGAUCCUCAAGGACGUGGAUCUCAAUGGCGAUGGCCUGGUGGACUUCGAAGAGUUCGUGCGGAUGAUGUCGCGCUGAGGGACCCGAGCCCCCCGUGCCUUACGGAGACGAGGGGGCCACGGAGGGACCCCCGGCUGCAUGGUGCCCGUGCCUGGGCGCUGGAGCUGCUCCCAGCUGAGGUCUGGCCAUGGUGGAGGCACCGGGGCCGAGGUCGGGAGCCUUUUCUGCACGGGCUCGGCCGAGCUUUGACUGCUCUCGCCCUUGUCUGUGCCCUCUCCCUGCAUCGUCCCCCUUGCCAGCCGGAGCUCACCCUGGAAGUCACACCAUCGCGGUCCCCUCUCCUUCGGCUGUUCCCCAUCCCUGCUGCUCAUCCCUCCAGCCUCCAUUCCCACUCCGUGUGCCGCACUGAGCCCCUCAGGCUGCCCCCACGCCGGGUUUAAUGCGGGCUGCACAGCAUAACCCGCCCCGUCACCAUGGCUGGAGCUCAGACCUGCCCGGGGUGAGGCAUCCCUGCAUCCCUGCCCUUUCGGGGCUGGCACAGACCCUCAGGGAUGUUCCGGCAGCCCCCAGUACAGGGGAACUCCUGGCAGCCCAGCCAGGAGACCCCCAGGAGAGAAAUAAAGCAUUCCUGGGUGGAAGGGCCUCAGCCAGCUGCAGGCAGGGCCGCUGUAGGUACCCUCCCUGCCCUGGCUGCAGUUUGGGGCCAAUUUUGCCCUUUUGAGAUGAUAAAACUCUCUCCACAGA